AUGAACAGCUCUGUGAUCACGCAAAUCACACUGCUGUAUUCCACCUAUGCAUAUGGUAUAACAUGCUACGAAUGUUCGUCCGGCGCCUCUGACGACUGCCUAAAAGCAAGCGUUCCUUGCAUUUAUGGUCUUUUUGGCUGCAUGAAAACAACGAUUUACUCUGGUGGUAUUGAUAAAUUUGGCAACUACGAGAACCAAGGAAAUAGAGUGAUCGGAAUAUACCGAGGAUGCAUCGCGUUACCCGUGGCAGGCUCUGAUAUGUGUCAGCAAUUCUCGUUAUUCGGCUACCGAAUUGUCACCUGUCGCUGCUUUAACGAUUUUUGUAAUGGUAUCAUAUCUAUCCAAACAAGUUUACCAGUUAUAUUUUUAUUCACCAUCUGUUAUUUCACAACUUUCAUCCUGUAA